ACUCUUGCAGUUGUCGCACACUUUGGGCAAAUAUGCAGCUGGUCGGUAUCUUGCUGCUUCAGUUACUUGCGACGACAACGGAUGAGGUUUCAACCCAAGACUAUCAGAAGUACACGGGUUCGGCAUUGACGGGAACAAUUUUAGAUAAGACGACAGCGCGUUCGGCCAUGAGGUGCAGCUCGCUGUGCGCGCAACACGGAAAUACCGGUGAAAGCUGCCACGCGGCUCGCUACAACGGCGAGACACGUGCUUGUGAACUGAUGUCACGCAGUAGCAGUGGCAAGGAGCGGUGGCUGAGUGACGGCGAGUGGAAAAUAUACACGAAUCAGCGGCCAGAAACGACGGCGAGAACGGACAGAGGCAAUGGGACACCUGGAACUUCAACAAACCCGACUAUGACCCCGGUUUCCUCAACAACUUACUAGCCCAAGGAGGCACCUGUAUAUUUCUUUAUAGAAAAAAACAAUGCAAUUCCCUGGUGGGUACACACGUGUGGGUUAGGUUUGAGGUACGUGUGUGAGAAAAAGGAGUUACAUGUACUACUAAACAUUGCCAUGGUUUACAGUGUGUAUCACUGGGUAUUUACUCUGAACCCUUUGUGGCUCGUUUUACAAUAGAAAUGAUUAAGUUUCAAUGUUUCAAAGUUUGAUUCGCAUAACAUCCAGAAGGUCAUGACCCAUGUGGACAAAUAGUAUUAUCAGUAUUUACAGGUGAACGCAUAUACG